AUGUGUGAAUACCUGCGACCGCUGGCAGUUUCCACUUCGGUACCAUUUCUGUCGGCAGGAGUGAAUACCUUUUCUCCAUUCAUACGAUCUUUUUCGAAGUCUACAAAGCGAUACGAGAAGUCUACAACGGCGCUCACAGUUGUCGACCCAAUCAAACAGAAGCAGGCAGAGCUGAAUAACGGUCCGCGCAUGGCGUUUACCAAGUCUCGUCCAAUGCCAAUUCGUACACGCCGUAUGGUGCAAAUAGCCCGUCUCGUGAACGGAAUGCCCGUGACGGACGCUCUCCAGCAGCUUCGUUUCUGCAACAAGAAGCAAUAUCCUCUGGACAAGGUGAUCCACAACGCGAGCAAUUUGAUGAGCAUUCGCUACGGUCUGCAGCCCAGCGAGCUCGUGAUUUCUUCGAUCUGCGUGGGCACGUCCUUCCUGAAGAAGCGUCUGGACAUCAAGGGACGAGGCCACAUGGGCAUGAAGAAACGCUCGUACUCGAACGUGUACGUGGUAGUGAAGGAGGGAAAGCCCGAGCUGAGCAAAUACGGCGAGAAGCGCCGCGCGGCGAAGCUGGAGAAGCAAGCCCGAAUCAAGCGAGAAUUCCGGGAGAAACAGGAGCAGACGAUCGAGUUCAUUUGGAUUGUUUGUUUGAACAAAGAGGAAACUAGUUACAGAGUGUGGAUGAUCGAUUCAAUCGAACCGGAUUGGAAACGCGUCAUGCGGACAUUGCUGCUCUCGAAGACUCGGCCCUUCGAAUCACUGCCUGACCACACGACGUAG